CGACCAAUCAAUCCGGCGUGGGGGUUAAUCUGUCGGCGAUAUCAACUCGGGGCAGCGGCCGGAUGCGGCGACGGUGACGGACGCCGGCGACAGUGGCGUAGCGGCAACUCGACGGCAAUGAGCAGCGACUUGCGGCGCUGCACUCGACGGCGGCGGAUGGCCGCUGUGCAAAGGGAGACGGCGGCUGGAAGCUCGGGAGACGGCGGCUCGAGGCUCAGCGACGCUGAGCGGCGGCUACCGGCGAAGGAAGCAGCGGCGGCGCUGCAACUCGGCGGCGGCGAUGAGCGACCGGCGCUGGCUCACGGCGGUGAGCGACGGCGGCUGGAGGCGAAGGAAGCAGCGACUGGUGGCGAUGAUGGCUUGGCGACGGCGGCGCUGCAACUCGACGGCAGCGGACGACCGACGAAGAAAACAACGGCGUUUGGCUGGUGCGGCGGCGAGGCUGGGGAAGGGCGACGCUGGGCAGCGACUAGCGGCGGCGAUGAAUGGCGACGCCGGCGGCUGCUUCAAUUGUACGGCGGCGAUGGCGGCGGCAGGUGGCGUAGGAAGCAGCGGCUGGCUUCCGGCGACGGGCGACGGCGGUCUGGCUUGCGCGACCUGCUGGGCGGCGACGAUUGGCUGGGCGGCGGGCUUCCAGCGGCGAGGCUGGCCGGGAAGGACGAAGAAGAAAGGAGAAGAAGGAGGAAGAAGAAGAAGGAGAAGGAAGAAGAAAAAGAAGAAAAAGGAACGGACGAAACGAAGGAUAAGGUUUGAGUGGCUGAGGUUUAGGUUUAUUUAAUGGUCCCAUUCCAAAAAGGAUUGGGAUUCGUACCCAAAAUACCUGAUUAAAUGGUCAUAACUUGAGCUCUGUAACUCCGAUUCGCGAGCCGUCUGAACCGACGCGAUCACAAAAAUAUUUCCUACGAGAUGACAUAAAAGUUGGGCUUAAAAUCCAAAUUAUAAUUUUAACCCCUUAUUGGGCCCAAUUCGUAAUCAAUUGCUCUAACAAUU